UUUUAAUAGGAAGAUCAUAGGCUUCAACACUACAGAAAAGAAUUAAUAAUUGAUGCAGCAAAGAAACUGUACAGAGCUCAAAUGAUUCGAUAUGAUGUGGCCAAUGGAUUUUUAAAUAUCACUGACAUGGGACGAACAGCUAGCCAUUAUUAUAUCAGCACUGAGACAAUUCUUCGUUUCAACCAGAAGCUCUGCUUCAAUGAUAGAAGUUCUUAUUUAACUGAUAGUGAAAUUUUUAAAAUCAUAUCACAAGCUCAAGAAUUUGAUCAGUUGAAGGUUAGGGACGAUGAACUAAAUGAGCUGGAUCACUUUCUUCAUGAAUGUUGGCUUGAAGUUAACCAAGGAGCUGAGAACACAGAAGGAAAAGUGAACAUAUUAUUGCAAGCUUAUCUUUCUAGAUUGCAUAUUGAAGGGUUUUCCCUCAUUUCAGAUCAAGCUUAUGUAGCACAAAAUGCAACUCGCAUUGUAAGAUCAUUGUUUGAAGUUUCUUUGCGCAAGAAAUGGGCAUUGUUGACUUCUUCUUUGUUGAGAAUAUGUAAAAUGUUGGAAAAACAGAUAUGGGACUUUCAGUCACCACUUCACCAGUUUCCAGAAAUCAAUCGUGAUGCUCUAAACAAAAUUGACAAAUUACAUAACCAGUAUUCUGUAGAGCAUCUUCAAGACAUGGAUGAAGAUGAAAUUGGAACAAGACUUCGUUGUUAUAAUCUGAGAGGAAUUAUCAAGAAAUGUUUGAUGCACAUUCCUAAUUUAGGCAUUGAACCAAUUGUACAACCAAUAACUGACAGCAUACUUAGGAUAACUUUAAAUAUUAAACCUGACUUCAAGUGGUCUGAUAAGCAUCAUGGAACUGGAUCAGAAGCUUUUUGGAUAUGGGUUGAAGAUCCUGAUACUGAUUAUAUUUACCAUUUUGAAUAUUUUAUUCUUCCUAGAAAACAGGUUAUACAUCAAGAAGUACAAUCCCUUGUAUUUACUAUACCACUUCCUCGAGACACAAGACCAAGUCAGUACUUAAUAAGAGCAGUUUCAGAUCGAUGGUUAGGCUCAGAUCGAUCAUUUGUGAUGUCAUUUCAAGAUCUUAUUCUCCCUCAACAUCAUCAGCCUCAUACAGAUCUUCUGAAUUUGGUUCCAUUGCCAGUCACGGCCCUGAAAAAUCCUGAAUUUGAAGAGUUGUAUAAAUUUGAAUAUUUUAAUCCUAUUCAGACUCAAAUAUUUCAUACAUUGUAUCAUACGGACCAUAAUGUUCUACUUGGUGCACCUACUGGCUCUGGAAAGACCAUUGCAGCAGAAAUAGCUAUGUUCAGAGUGUUUAAUGUUCAUCAAGGGACCAAGAUUGUAUAUAUUGCACCUUUGAAAGCUUUGGUCCGAGAAAGAAUUGAAGACUGGAAAAUAAGGUUUCAACAGAAACUUAAAAAGAAUAUAGUUGAACUAACUGGAGAUGUUACUCCUGAUGCUGCUGCUAUUGCAGCAGCGGAUAUUAUAGUUACUACUCCAGAAAAAUGGGAUGGUGUUAGCAGAAGUUGGCAAACUAGGAACUAUGUAAAAGCUGUGUCUCUUAUCGUCAUUGAUGAAAUACACUUAUUAGGUGAAGAUCGAGGUCCUGUAUUAGAAGUGAUAGUUUCCAGAACAAAUUUCAUAUCUUCUCAUACAGAGCGAAAAAUGAGAGUUAUAGGAUUGUCUACUGCUUUAGCUAAUGCAAUUGAUAUAGCUAAUUGGUUAGGAAUAAAAGAGGUUGGACUAUAUAAUUUCCGUUCUUCAGUGCGGCCUGUUCAACUUGAAGUUCAUGUUUCAGGCUAUCAUGGGAAACAUUAUUGUCCUCGUAUGGCUUUAAUGAAUAAGCCUACAUAUCAGGCUAUACGCACUCAUUCUCCUGAUAAACCUGCCUUGGUUUUUGUAUCUUCAAGACGACAGACUCGCUUGACUGCCUUAGAUUUAAUUGCAUAUUUAGUAGCAGAAGAUGAUCCUCGCCAGUGGGUACACAUGAAGGAACAGGAAGUUAAUUCUGUUAUCUCUCUAAUACGAGAUCAGAAUCUGAAGCUUACAAUAGCGUUUGGCAUUGGUCUCCACCAUGCUGGUCUUCAUGAGCGUGAUCGAAAGUUGGUAGAAGAACUUUUUCUUCAUCAAAAAAUUCAAGUUUUGAUUGCUACAGCAACUUUAGCAUGGGGAAUCAAUUUACCUGCUCAUUUAGUUGUAAUAAAAGGCACAGAGUAUUUUGAUGGCAAAGUGCAAAGAUAUGUUGACUUUCCUAUCACAGAUGUGAUGCAAAUGGCGGGUAGAGCUGGUCGUCCACAGUUUGAUACCACAGGUGUUGCAGUUGUCUUAGUGCAUGAUAUUAAAAAAGAUUUCUACAAAAGAUUCCUGCAUGAACCAUUUCCAGUUGAAUCCAGUUUGAUUGGAGUCUUGCCUGAGCAUUUAAAUGCUGAGAUUGUUGCUGGUACUAUAUGUUCAAAGCAACAGUGUCUGGAUUAUCUGACUUGGACUUAUUUUUUCAGAAGACUCUUACAGAAUCCAGCAUAUUAUGGAUUGGAAGAUGCUGAAGCCUCAAAUGUGAAUGCUUAUCUCUCUGGUCUUGUUGAUCGUUGUGUUAGCUUGUUAUCUUCUGCUGGCUGUGUAGCUGUGGGUGAUGAUGAAAGAGCUAUAGCACCCACUGUGCUAGGAAAAAUCACAUCAUACUACUAUUUAAAUCAUAAGACAGUUCUCUUAUUUUCACAAAAAUUAUGCAAAGAAAUGAAAAUGGAGGAGAUACUUCAAUUGCUUUGUGAUACACAUGAGUAUGAAGAACUACCAGUGCGUCACAAUGAAGAUCAAAUAAAUUCAGACCUAUCAAAGCGUUGCCCCCUUCCUGUAGAGCCAUAUACAUUUGAUAGCCCUCAUACCAAAGCUAAUUUGUUAUUUCAAGCCCACUUCAGUCGCUUGCAACUGCCAUGUACUGAUUAUUAUACUGAUUUGAAAUCAGUUUUGGAUCAGGCCAUUCGAAUCAUUCAGAUAUCACUGAGUGGCAUCGCAGAAUUUGUUUGUGGUAUUCAUGCAAGCUCCAAAGUUUUGUGCCAAGAAAAUGGAAGACUAGAUGUGUCAGUCUUCAGUUCUCCACGCUCUGCAGAUCGAAUUAGGUAUAUAUGUAAUCUGCAACCUGGAAGAAAGGAUGUAUCAUUUGCCAUCAAACUGAUCUGAGUUCACUAAGUGCAUUGUUAUAAUUUAUGCAAAUAUUGUAUUUUGAUUAUUGGUUUAUAUAUGUUUAAUUUUAUUUUGUGUUUUAUUCUUAUUUUAUCAUAAUUUUAUGUUAUUUCUGGCAUCUUUUUGUGUAGUUUUUAAUUUUUGCUAGGUUCUAUUCUCAUUUGUUUAAUUACUUAGUUAUUUUGUUGAACUUUUAAUCAUGUUUAAAUGGAUACUGAAAUAAAAGAGAGUCAUAGACUGUCAGUACUAACCAGCUGUAGGUUAUAUUCUUAUGUGUUUAAUUGCUUAGCUAUUUUUUAGAACUUUUAAUUCUAUUUAAGUGGACACUGAACUAAAAGAGAGUCAUAGACUGUUGGUACUAACAAGGUCUUGUAAACAUUUGGCAAUUAUUUGCUAACUUGGCAGUAUUUUGAAGUUUAUGGAGUUACAUUUUUAAAAUUUUGGAAUUGAUUUUUCUUGGAGAUUCUGAUAGUGCUACCUACCUUUUAGAGCAUGAAAAGCCAUUUAUCAUUUGAAAGUUAAUCUGCUUAAGCAUGCUGCAUUCUGCUGAGGUGUCUUGUGAUUGCAAUAUUCAUCUUGCAUUGAGAAUUAAUUAACUUUUAAUGUUAUCUCUUGUUUCUCUCUGAGCUGAUAAUUAUUAUUUUUAGAAAGGAUAACUGCUUGGAGAUGUAAUAAAGGUUCAAGUUUUCUUCAUUUAAAGUCCCCCCUUUUUCUUUUUGAAGAAAUAAAUCCUUAAAAUGUAAACAUUACGGGCUUUCAUCUGAAUCUGUGUGUUUUAAAAUAUCAGUGAUGGCAAGUAUACGGAACACCUAAUAUGGCAUGGAUUUUUGGAAACAUUUGUAUAAGUUAUAUAAAGUAUAAACCAAAUGAAAUUUUAAGUAUAAACUUUUUGCUUAAGCAAGUUUGGUUUUGAAUUAAGAACUGUAUAGUAUUGUCGUAUGUUGGCUACUUUUUCAUAAAAUGGAUGUAAGAUCUGUUAGCAUUGUUUAAAAUUUAUGUUCACAUGUGUAGAACAAAGUUGCUCAUAAAUGGGGAAAAAGAAAGAAAAUAACGGGCAUUUAUUUAAAUCAUUUUUUCUUCAUUUAGAAAAAAACUAUAGAACAAAUGUGCCAAAUGCACCGGGUUGGCAAAAAAUUAUCACCAAAAUGUUUGGGGGAGAAAACUGCAUUUUCACAACAUGCUAGGCUUAAAGUGCAAAUGUAAACAAAAUUGAGAAGGCAGCACUUAAUGACAUCAUAAUGGCCAGGACUAAGUUUAUGACGUCGCAAUGUAUUCUUAAGUUUUAUAAUGCAUUUAAUAUUUCUACUGAUAAUAAUAAUUUGUUUAUUAUUGUAAUUUAAGUUCUUUAUUUUAAAUUUAUAUUCCUGAUAAAUAAGCUUUGGUUUUACUGAAAAUAAGCAUAAUAAAUUGUUUAUUUUAAAUUGCCAUUAUAGAAUAACACCAUUUAUUGAAACAUUGUAAACAACAUCCCUUCUUGUAUACUUGUAUUUUAGAGAACUCCAGUAUUUUAAAAGAUUUUUUUAAGGAUUAAUACAAAUAAAAAAAAUUUCUUUUUAAUUUAAA